AUGGACGAGUCGGCGAAACGACACAUCAAUGACCUGCCCUUCGAGCUCCUGCAGGAGAUCUUGGUCUGCGCGGCGUUCCUCGUCGACGAACAUCCCACGCCUUCAUUCAUGGGCCAGCGCUACGACGAUCUGGAUCCUGCGCGCGCGAGUUCACAGGCGGUGUGGAACUGGCUGGACGUGAUGGCCGUGUGCAAGCUGUGGAGAACCGCUGCGAACGAGUCGCCACAAUUCCACAGCCGCGUCGCGCUGCAGAACGCGUUUGCGAUGCGGCGCAGUCUCGCCCUUUCGCACGGGGUUCCUCUGCGUAUCAUCAGUGGACGCGUGCAGAGCUGGAUGGAGUUUAAGAUGGUUGGGUUGGAGGAGGCUUUGGGUGGGGUUCUGCCGCGGGUCUGCGAGAUUGACCUUGUGGCGUCACCGGACGCAUUCGGUGUCGUACAGGCAGUCAUGAUCACUAUCCUCAGCAACCCCGCGCCCCUCCUACGUCGUCUCCGCGCGCGUUAUCUCCCAGGCGUAGACGGCCCAGCCCUCAUUGAUGCAGAGCAAUACGAACCUAGCGAUCGACCUUUACGAGACCUUACUCUCACCGGACUCCAGUUCUCUAAGCGAACCUCGUUCUUCCCCCCUUCCCUGCGCUCUCUGAGUCUCACACAAUGCCAUCUAUUCGAGGACGCAGGUGCUCAGACGCUAUGCGACCUACUGGGAUCUCUGCCCGACCUCGAAGUCAUCGACUUCCGCGACACCGUGCUCGCCGAUCUCGCCGAACCAAUACGCGUAUCCCUCCCGACACAUCCCACACAUCUACAACGCCUACGUCGUCUCACACUCGACGCGCCAUACAUGACUGUACACCGCUUCCUCGGGCUUAUCACGUUCCCAACUACGACGAGCGUCGAGCUGAGCUUGCAAAGCGUGACGAGCGCCUUACUCACGCUCGGGCCUCCGGACGCGCUGCUCGGGUUCUUGAAGCGCCAUGUCGGCGCUGCUUCUGAGUCGGGCUCCGGGUAUACGCGGGUGGGGACGCAUUUGGAUGUAUCGCCUUACCAUGGGGAGCUGAGCUAUGCUUGGACCUUCUCGCGUCCACACAACGCGGACGAUACGGCUGUGCUCCCUGGAUCGAUGACGGUCAAAUGGACGUUCAGCGUUAAGCGCCACUACGAGUUUCCGGUCAUGGCCGGCUACGUCAAGUUCGUCAUUGAACUCAUUCCGCAUGCGAAUGUGCCUCAUACGUUGCAUGUCCUGCAAUCCGGCAGUUUCGCACGAUGGCGGCGUGAAGGGGAGGAGCUGAACGAGUAUGAUUGCUGGUUCACACCAUACGAGGUCGGGCUUGAGAGUACUGUCGAGCUUUGGUUUGCGGGUGGUGCGAUCCUCGACGCGCUAUACUGGUUCGCGAACAAUCAACGAUGCGGAGGAUGGUCCGGACGGUCAGACUACCCCACGCUCAAAGUCCUUGGGUUUCGCAAUCCCAGCAUGUACCUCGACGAAAGUCUCAUUGGCGAACGGGACGGGCAGAUCGAAGGAGUUGUACGAAGGCAUCCUGGCAAGAACUACGCAGUGAAGUUCUGGAACUGUGAGGUGCCGGACCAGUUGAGGCGGGAGAUGGUGGAGGUGUUUGGAUGCAAUCUGGAGAUCAUACAGUAA